AUGAUCCAGAGGUUGCUAAAGUGCAAAAGCAUCGCAUUUUUCUGAAGGAUCAUGUAGUUUUCAAAGAGGCCAUACCUAUUAAAAAUAUUUCUGUGGUUUCAAGGAUACAUCAAACGUACAGAAUAGGGUAUCUAAAGGAUGUUAUAUUACCCCGAAUAUUAGAUGAUGCCACUCUGGCUAGUCUUAACACGAUGAUACACACGAACAAUGCUGCUGUUAUUUCCUUACUGAAGGAUGAUGCUUGCUUUAUCCAAGACUUAUUCUCUAGGAUGAGAUCACCAAAUAUUUCUAUGGAAUCGAAAAGAGAAUUGGUCCUGUUCUUGCAUGAGUUCUGCACUCUUAGUAAGAGUUUGCCGCUUGUACAACAACUACGACUGUUUCGGGAUCUUUCAGGUGAAGGUGUAUUUGAAAUUGUAUCUGAUGUGUUGCAGAGUCAAGACAGAAAAAUUGUUUCGGCUGGGACGGAUAUCGUUAUUCUUUUUCUUAAUCAGGACCCUAACCUAUUGAGGUCAUAUAUUGUCCAGCAAGAAGGAAAUUCUCUUCUUGGACUUUUGGUUAAAGGAAUGGUAACUGACUUUGGUGAGCAAAUGCACUGCCAAUUUCUGGAAAUCCUCCGUAUAUUAAUGGAUUCUUUCACUAUGUCUGGAGCACAUAGAGACGUAAUUAUUGAGAUUUUCUAUGAAAGGCACCUUGACUAUUUGGUUGAUGUAAUAGCAUCCUCUUGUCCUUCGAGGAGUGCUACCCGAACAUCACCUAACUCAGCUCUCGUUGGUGGAAACACUGAAGUGCAUCGUAUCAAGCCAGAAAUUCUGUUAAAUGUCUGCGAACUAUUAUGCUUCUGUGUAGUCCAUCAUCCCUAUAGAAUUAAGUGCAACUUCCUUAUGAACAAUGCGAUAGAGAAAAUCCUUACCAUGACUCGACGAAGCGAGAAGUUUUUGGUUGUUGCAGCUGUCAGGUUUAUGCGCACUAUUAUAUCCAGAAAUGAUGAACAUCUUAUUCGCCAUGUUGUCAAGUUUAACUUGUUGAAACCAAUAAUUGAUGCCUUUGUGGAAAAUGGGGAUAGAUAUAACAUGCUACAAUCCGGAGUACUCGAACUGUUGGAACACAUACGGAAGGAAAAUCUAAAACCUCUUGUUAUUUAUGUUACCGAGUCUUUCUCAGAUCAACUUAUGAAGUUUGAACACUUCGGGAGCAUUCAGGCCUUCAAACUCAAGUAUCAACAGUACUUGGAGAGUGCCGAUAUGAAAUUAAGUGCUAGUGUGCCUGACAUGAGAAAGAAGGCAGAAGGAAGAGGUCUUGAGAAGGAAGAGGAAGAUUAUUUCAAUGAGAGUGACGAGGAAGAUUCAGUAAGGCGGACUAAACAUGCACACAGUGAACAUAAUGAAGAAAGCAAGGAUGAUGUAGCCAAUGGAAGCGAAACUGGUGACAUAUCCUCAAGGCCUAAAUCUGGUGGGCUUGUGGACUAUGCCGAUGAUGAUGACGAGGAUUUCAAUCCGCCACCCAAGGAGCCUGAUAGGCCUGUGGAUGACGAUGAGCUCUUAACUAUAUCCACAGUGAAGCGGAAAUUAGUAAACACGGGGGAUGGCAAACAUGCAGAUGGGGAGGUUCGCAAGAGACAAAAGAUUGAAACAAGGAUUACUUGUGCCAAGAUUUCUGGUUUGACUAAUCUGGCUAGCAAACACAAGGAUUCACUUGCCUCAAGCUCGCCAAGUUGCGAGGCCAAUGGUGUUUUGGGGGAGCAUGCUACACAUUCUGAUGAGCAUCAACAUUCCACAGACACUGCAGAAACCUCACGGCAAGUUGGCGGUGAUUGUAUCAAAGCAAUGGGCAGUUUGUCUAGUGAGAAGGCUGUAAAUACCACCAAAAUAAACGAUUCAGAGCCCUAUUUAGUGAGAUGACAAAUUGACAGCUCUUCUCCACACUGGCUUGCCCCAGGAUUCGACCGAUCAAUGCUUGCCAACAGGAAGGAACAACAUGUUUUUGGCUCUGGAGAAGGCUGAAUCUAUUAAUCUCAAAUCCAGAAGCAUGAUUCGAGGUGAUGUAAAUCACACUUCUCUGUAAAUCUUGAAUGAAAUUGCAGCUACCAUCACAGCCUGUAAAGUAAUUCUUCCAGAAGGAAAGAUAUGAAACUGAGAAUUGGCAUGCCUUUCGGUUCAGCAUUAAUCGAGUCACCUCUCUCUCUCUAUGUAUCUCUUUCUCUCUCUAUAUAGGGAGAGCAGUGAAUAUAUGAAACUGAGAAUUGGCAUGCACUUUCUCCCGUAUUUCUUUCUAGGAUCAUUGGCUAAGAUGUUGAUGUUGUAAAACAAGUGGGCAAGAAUAGUUUCAGUUGAGAGUGAUAUUAUUCAUAUCUUACAGUUGUAAUUUGUCGAUUAGUAGUUUUGGCUGGAUA